AUGUUCCUCCAUGUUGUUGGCCAUAACCAGAGGUUCAGGGUCAUUCACAACACGUUUAGGAGAUCAAUGGAGACCAUCUCUAGGUACUUCAAGCAAGUGCUUUUUGCUAUUAGGGAGCUUAGAGGAGAGAUGAUCAGGAGACCAUCUGGUCAGACUUCACCCAAGAUUCGCGGAAGCCCUAGAUGGUAUCCAUACUUCAAGCACUGCAUUGGGGCAAUAGAUGGUACUCAUGUCACUGCCAGAGUUCCUAGGUUACAGUCUGCAGCAUACACGGGGAGGAAGCACUACACAAGUCAGAAUGUGCUUGCUGCUGUUGACUUUGAUCUGAAGUUCACAUAUGUGCUGGCUGGCUGGGAGGGGUCAGCGCAUGAUGCUAACAUUCUCACUGACAACAUGAGUCGACCUGAUGGAAUCAAUAUCCCCGACGGCAAGUUCUACCUUGGAGAUGCUGGCUAUACAUGUCGGACGGGUAUUCUUCCACCCUUCAGGAAAACAAGGUACCAUCUCAACGAGUUCUCUGGUAGGAAGUAA